AAGAGAGUGAAUCAUUUUCAUUCUCGGUCACUAUUGUUGGCCUAUGUUUCACUGAUGCUCGCAACAAAAAAUCUGAAAGCAAGGUGGAGAAGCUUUGCCUCUAAGGACUCUUCGAAGAAUGUAGAAGCCAGACUGAAAUCGGACUCACGAAAGAACAAGCUUUCCGCGAAACAGAAAGGGAAGUUGAAAGAAAGAUCACAGUCGAAACAGUCGCAGAUGCAGAGUCAAGGCCAGUCUAAGGGAAAUGAAGUGGUAGAAAAAUGGGUGAUGCGAGCCUUGGAUAUGGGAGUGGAUGCGCUACGAGCUGAAUACAGAUCUCUAGCCAGAUACACAUUGCCGUCGGUGACGUACCAAGCUUUCGUAACAAAUCAUCCUGCUGGUAGAAAUAGGUACCAAGACGUUCCUUGUCAAGAUCAACACCGCGUUGUAAUAAACUGGCCAGGAGCUCCUUCUGAUUAUAUCCACGCAAAUUAUGUUGGAACUCCAAAAUCAGAAAAGAGAUUUAUCUGCACACAAGGUCCUCUUGACAAUACGAUACCAGAAUUUUGGAUGAUGGUUUUACAAGAGGAGUCAGAAACGAUAGUCAUGCUUUGCAAUUGUAUCGAAACUGGGAAAUACAAAUGCGCUGAAUACUGGCCCAAGCAAGUUGGGACUAGCAAGACUUAUGCUGGAAUUGAAAUUACCAACAUGCAAAUACGGCCAAUGAGUCCUGAUGAACCGUCAGUAAUUGUUUCCGUGCUCUUUGUCAAAUUUUUCAAGCCAGGCGGUACCCAGGAAACACGGGAAGUUAGACAUUAUCAGUGGCAGGACUGGCCAGAUAGAGGAGUGCCUCCUUGCAGACUGACCACUAUGGAGCUUCUAUCGCGCAUCCGAGGUACAACAAAACCAAUCAUUGUGCACUGUUCAGCUGGGAUAGGUCGCACAGGAACGAUCGUUGCUGUCGAGUAUAUUUUGGAGCGAAUGCAAGCUGGAAAAGAAUGUGCAGCAAUGAACGAUUUGCUGAGAGAAUUGCGUGAUCAGAGAGCUUACACUAUCCAAAACGAAUUACAGUAUCUGUUCAUUCAUCGUAUCAUGCUUUGCUACUUUUUGGAGAAGCACAGGCAAAGAUACGAGUCUAUACUGACAGGAGAGACGCAAGCGAAAUAUCAAAAAUUCAUCCAAGAAUAUAAUGCAGUUACAGGAACUAGUUGAAUUCUCGUCUAUCAUAAUGAGAUACGAAAAGCUAUUCUCUGUAAUUUGAAAAUAAAAUU